AUGGUGGCAACCAUCGAACAAAGAGGACAACAAGGCAACGGGAAUCAUAACAGCUAUGAAGUGAUCUGGUGUCUUCGGCUAAGGGGGGGGAAGAUGCAACAAAGCAAAACAAGGGGAGAAAAGAAGCUCACAGGGGUGAAGAAACUGAGCGUGAAGAAAUCAAGACUGAAGGAGUCGGGAGGUAGCAAGCAGACGAAGGUCUCAGCGUCUAAGAGAGUCAGAAGCGACACAAGAGCGGGAAAGGAGAAUGUGUCCCUGAAGAGCGGAUUGAGAGCAGGGGCUGAAGGACCGAGGAGGAUGAGGAGGAGAGGGGGAAAGAGAGGUAAAACGCAAAGAAGAAAGCUAAGACUUCUGAAAGAGCAGGGAUUCUUCAAUCGUACCAAAGCCACCAACAUAAUCCAUCGCGUCCACCACCAGCAGAAGGUUCUUGCCACGGCAAGACGACGAGGACAGGCGGAGGAAGUGAAGAAGCUGAAGAAGAAGAUGGCAGAUGACAACUUGAUGCCUGAGUAUCAGUUUGGCGACCUUGACCUGCUGCUCUACACAAGCUUUUUCAAGAAGUGGAAGCAAGAAGAGAAGAAGAAGCGCUUCGACUGCAUUGCUCUUUGUCUUGUGCUCAACUUUGAAGGAGAUCCAAAGCUGAGGGGAAAGAUGUUGAUCGCAGCUACCAGCAUGCUGCGAGACCGAGGAAUAUUGCUUUUCUCCCUCCCUCGAAGUUGUACUUCGAACUCUCGAUUCUGUACCAAGGAGAUUCUGCUGGGACAACUGAAAGCAAUUGGACUGAAAGCUCUGCGCGCUAAGUCAACUACUAAACUUUCACUAUGGGUGCUGCAGAAGAGGAAAGAGAAGUUCUUGAGCUGGAAGAAAGAGAAGAAGAAGAACAAGAAGAUGAGUGAGGAGAAGAAAAUCAAAGUUCUGCGUCAGGGAGAGGGAAGAAACAAUUUCAAGAUUGUCUUUUGA